UUCAACUCUUGUGAAUCACGGCGAUGUCAUCGGUCCAGUUUCACCCCGCCCGUCCGUCCGUCUGUCCGGUAUCCGCUGCGCAGUCGCUAUGGACGCACGUAAUUUAGUUAAACUACUUUAACUUGGAUUAUCGGACACUUAGUGUCGGCUUUCGCUUUCGCCGCGACUGAAGAGACUCAAGAGACUCACGGAGUGAUGAACAGCCACCCCGAAACAACGGAGAACCGUGAACCUCCAAUCAGACACAAGCCAAUGCGCAGACCUUUAUAGACGUCUAUAUCUGUUUCAAUGAUGUUACUCGCCAAAACGUGAUUCUGUUACCCUAUAAUCUUUACGCGCUCUUUAGCAAUAUAUUAUUGAAUGCCAUUAACGUUUGACGGUGUAACGUUAUAUAUUUUGCUCUGUACCCGACUGCCAGGAUCUAACGUUACUGUUACCCGAGGAUUGAAAACAACUCCAGCCCGGGGCUCGGAAACUGGCCCUCUUUUGGGACAUUUUUGACUUUGAGGAACGCAUGGGGUUUUACAGAUUAAGGCUCUGCUUAAACCAAGGACUCGGAAGCGUUAGAAGCAAUGCUCGAGGUUUACUAAAGGAGAUCUUUUGUUGCAUGUGAAUGCACGCGGACAGAAUGGCGUCAUAUGUGGACAAUAGUUUCCGUCACGCGAUCGUCAAGAAUCCUGUCGAGAGAACGCAACAGGAUCUCCAGAUCGUGUACUCGUACCUCCAUGGGAUGGAAGCACUGUCCAAUUUAAGGGAGCACCAGCUUAGGUUGAUGUGUGAGACAGUUCGAUAUGAACAGCAUGAAGCUAAUGAGGUUUUAUACUAUCCCGAUGACAUUGGGAGCUGCUGGUAUAUCCUGCUGUCUGGCUCAGUCUUUAUAAAGGAAUCCAUGUUUCUGCCCCGCAGCAGUUUUGGUAAGCGUUCUGCGGGUAGUUUGCGUCGUGGUUGUGAGUGUAUCGUCCUCGAGGCUUCUGAGAUGAUUGUGGUGGACUACGUGGAUGACAACGAUGAGUAUUUCCAAAGACAAGCAUCUCAUCGUCAGUCCAGGAGAAGAUUCCGGAAGAUAAACCAGUGCGGAGAGCGACAGACUAUCAUUGAUACGGUCGAUCAUUAUCCAGUCAGCAAGCCCCCUCUGCCUCCAGGACAACACUCGGAAUGCUCCAAAUCCCAGCUUCCUACCGACAUCUCAAAGCCACACCCCUCUGACAGUUGCCACUCCCAUAUCACUUCCAGCCAAUCACGUUCCAGCAUCGCCAGUGAUUCAGGAAGUAGCAGCCUAUCAGAUAUUUACCAGGCCACUGAGAGUGAAUGUGGAGACAUGGAUCUGAGCGGGCUUCCUGAAACAGCAGUGGACACGGAUGAGGACGAUGAUGAUGAAGACGUAGGGAGGGGAUCGGACCCUCUUAUGAGUCGAGAUAUUGUGAGAGACUGUCUGGAGAAAGAUCCUAUGGACCGUACAGAUGAUGACAUUGAGCAGUUGUUGGAGUUUGUGCAGCAGCUUCCGGCUUUUGCCAGUCUGAGUGUUUCGGUGAGGAGGGAGCUGUGUGCCGUCAUGGUGUUUGCAGUCGUGGAACGGGCCAGAACCAUCGUACUCAACCACGGGGAAGAGCUGGACUCAUGGUCAGUCAUUCUGAAUGGAGCAGUUGAGGUGACCUACCCAGACGGCGGCAGUGAGAGUGUGUGUAUGGGUGGAAGUUUUGGUGUCUCCCCUUCUAUGGAGAAACAGCUGAUGACUGGAGUCAUGAGGACCAAAGUGGAUGAUUGUCAGUUUGUGUGUAUUGCGCAGCAGGAAUACUGCUCCAUUCUGAAUCAGGUUGAGCAGAACACACAGCGAGUGGAGGAGGAAGGAGAAAUCGUCAUGGUGAAAGAACACCGAGAACUCGACCGGACGGGAACCCGCAAGGGACACAUUGUUGUUAAGGGCACUGCUGAGAGGCUGAUGCAGCACUUAGUGGAGGACCAUUCAGUUGUCGACCCCACAUAUAUCGAGGACUUCCUGUUGACCUAUCGUACCUUCCUGCCCAGUCCUCUGAUUUUGGGACAGAGACUUCUGGACUGGUUUAAUGACUCCAGUUACCGGGAUAAGGUGACCCGAGUUGUGUUGUUAUGGGUCAACAAUCACUUCAGUGACUUCGAAGGAGAUCCUGAUAUGAGCAGUUUUUUGGAGGAGUUCCAGAGCAAUCUGGAAAGAGAGAAAAUGACGGGUCAGUUGCGGUUACUUAACAUAGCAUGUGCUGCUAAAGCCAAACCGAGAGUGAUUACCAUAAAUAGGCCUGCUCGAGAGAUGCCCCUCCCCUUCACUCUCAUUGGAGGAGCUGAACGAGGAACACGCCUCUUUAUCAGCGGCGUAGAAGUCGGUAGCAAAGCAGAAGAGGCGGGGCUUAAACGUGGAGACCAGAUUUUGGAGGUGAACGGGCAGACGUUUGAGAAUGUGCAGUUGUCCAAAGCAGUAGAAAUCCUCAGGAACAACACACAGCUCUGUAUGAGUGUCAAAACCAACCUCCUGGUUUUCAAGGAGUUGGUGGCCAGGGUGGCAGAGGAAAGGAAAAACGGCAUUCCUCAUCUCCCAAAGAUUGGUGACGGGAAGAAAAACAGCCGUUAUUCUGUAGCUGAACUUGCCGCUGAUUCGGAUCUAAUAGGUCAAGAAAAAGUCAACAGGAAGGUUAAAGCACAUACAGUGGGCGGCCGAAACAAACUCAUGAAGAUUCUAGACAAGACACGCAUGAGCAUCCUACCUCAGAAACCUUACAGUGACCUCGGGUUAGGGCAGACUCAGGAUGACAGCAUUGUGGGAUUACGGCAGAACAAACAGACUCCGCCCACUAUGGCUGUUAGUGGAAAUCUCUCAUCCAGUAACCCUGACCUGGCUCCAGGCCAACAACGCAUCAUCGACUACAGUACACAACCACCAGCACCUGGAUUUACUCAAUUGCAAGACCAGGUGUUGCGUGUUUUUAAGGCGGACCAGCAAAGUCGUUACUUACUGAUCAAUAAGGACACCACAGCAAGAGAAGCGGCCAAUCAGGCGAUGCGAGAGUUUGGCUUGACGGCGAGUCCUGAUGCCUAUUCGCUCUGCGAGGUGUCAGUCACCCAGGAGGGAGUUAUCAAACAGAGACGGCUGCCUGAUCAGCUCUCUAAACUGGCCGACAGGAUUCAGCUGAGUGCCAGGUACUAUCUGAAGAGCAACAUGGAGACCGAGACGCUGUGUUCAGAUGUGGAGGCCCAGGAGAUGCAGCGGGAGUCUGUGGUCCCUCUGCUGUCCUUGAGCUCAAUGGAAAUAGCCAAUCAGCUGUCAGCGCGCAACUAUCUGCGCUUCUCUGGCAUUGAACCGACGGAUUACAUCACUGACCUCUUCAAGCUCCGCCCACAAGAGCCUCCCACCAACCUGCGCAACUUUGAGGAUCUUGUGAACCAGGAGACCUUCUGGGUCGCCACAGAGGUAGUACAGGAAGCCAACCUGGCCAAAAGAGUGAAGAUCAUCAAGCACUUUAUAAAGAUUGCCCUUCACUGCCGUGACUGCAAGAACUUCAACUCUAUGUUUGCCAUAAUCAGUGGGUUCAAUCUAGCUCCCGUCUCUCGGCUGCGAUCCACAUGGGAACGUUUGCCUGGAAAAUAUGAGAAGCUUUUGGCAGAAUUACAAGACGUUUUCGACCCUUCUCGCAACAUGGCCAAAUACCGCAACCUCCUCAACAAACACAACCUGCAGCCGCCCGUCAUCCCUCUGUUUCCUGUCAUUAAGAAAGACCUCACUUUCCUCCACGAGGGGAACAACUCCAAGGUGGACGGUCUGGUGAAUUUUGAGAAGCUGAGGAUGAUUGCACGAGAGAUCCGACACGUGGUUCGAAUGGCUUCUAUCACCAUGGACCCUGCAUUGCUUUUUAAGACCAGGAAGAAAAAGUGGAGAAGUCUUGGGUCUCUAAGUCAGGUGAGCAGCUCUUCUCUCUCUGACAUCGGAACGAUGGGCGGGAAGAGGAAGGGGAGGCGGAGCUCUUUUCUCAGCACUAAGAAGCUGUACGAGGUGGAGAUGAUGAGCAGACGUGUUCGGCAGUACCUGGACACACACACACAUGAGAGUGAUGAAGACAAGCUCCAAAAACUCUCUCUGCAGUGUGAACCUGCCAACAGCUCCAUGCUGAAGAACUCCGGUGAGAGGAAGCGAGUGGAUGUAUCUCCUGUCGGUCAGAGAAGCACCACUCCGCAGCAAACGAAUGGAAAUCAUGGACGCAGGAAAUCUCUUGGCAAAGAGUUACCGCCAUUUGGCCCACGGUUAGUGGUGAGUGAUGCACCGGAUAAGUUGAGUUUGUUAAGCUCCUCCUCCUCUGACCUCAUCAUGGUUGAUGACCACAGGCACGCUCAACCCCAUACGCUUACACACCCACUCAGCACGCGUAGAGCUGAACCCGACCAGAUAAGCCUGGGAUCCUACUCCUUGACUCCGGAUCAGUGUGACCGUGCAUCGCUGGACGCAGCAGACAGUGGCCGUGGAAGCUGGACGUCCUGCUCCAGUGGGUCACAUGACAACAUCCAGAGCAUUCCACAGCGUGUGGGUUAUUAUGACAACCGCAGCUGGGAGACGCUGUCAGAUGGGAUGGGACGGAGUCACAUGACCACACCCACCGGUCACUGGGGCGAUGAAUUGGAAGGAGACACAGGAACGAUAAAACGCAGAGGUGGAAAAGACGAGACUCCAAACACAAACAAGAAUGCUGCGAGUCGGAGAGAGGGUCGUUUUAGAGAGCCGCCGCCCACACCACCUGGUUAUACUGCGCUGUCAUUGGCUGAGGCAGACAGCCACAGUCAUGUGCAUGGGCGACGCCCACCAGACUACACAGCGGCUCUGCAGAGAUCUCGAUUCCUUAAAAGGUCAUGUGAUCCUCCUCCACACCCAUCCAGUAGACUGCCAGCAUACAACCACUGCCAGUCACCACCACGACCACAACCUGAGGAGAACGAGCAAAUAUCUGCAGUUUAAUAAGAGACCCUUCAUAUAUCUCUGUCCCAAAGUUUGACAACAUCCAUAUGACAGCUGAUAUUUAAACGUGGUCAUGGACUGAACUACAGCAAUGCAUCGUGGACUUUCAUGAGAUCACUGUAAAAGAGGAGAGGAGACGAGAAAAAUGUUGGCACUUUUAACACAAGUUCUUCAAAUAGACUAUUGCAUAAUGAAAUCAAACUCAUAGAGAGAUGAGAGUUGUUACACGUGAUGCAAUAUCAGUGUUACAAAACCAAGGAAAACAGUAUUAUUCCAUUUGAAGUUUUAAUCACGUGUUACAGAAACUGUGUGUUGUGUGUGUGAGAAAUCAAUCACAGAAAGAGAUGAAGAGCGAAAGAAAAGACUGACUCCUCUCACCAACCUCAGACGUCUUCUCUGCGCUGAUAUCAGUGUUUAAUGUUACUCAACAUGCCUUUUCUUAUCUGAUCAUGUUCUUAAAACUUUCCAGAUGUGUUCACAAGUUUCAGUUUGAAAAGAUUUUAUGUUUUGUAUUUUUAUUUAAUUUUAUCUGUCUGUACCAUUGUCUUCAGUUAUUUCAACGUAUGGCACAAAUCAUGAAUUGUUGCGCACAUUUUCAGAAGCAAGAGAUUGUAGUCAAGAAUAUAUAAAUUAUAGAUGUCACGUAGAUGAUAAGUGGUUGAAAUGGUCAGUAAACAGUAUAUUUUGCUUAAAAUGUCGUGCUUUUGUGAUAGCUCAAAUGUAUCCCUUAUAGCUCCUGUGUUUCUACCCCAGACAGAUCUAGAAGAAUCACAUGUAUCUCUACGUCUUUUACAAAGACAACUGGCAAAGUCUGUAGCUACUUUUGUAUUUUUAAUAUAGCUAUUGUAAAUAUUGGUUAUAUUUUGUUAAAGAUUUCAGAGACCUAUUCUGUUUAUUGGACGCAAUUCUCCAACAAAUGACUGAGGGAAAAUAAACAGUAGCAAAGAAAUCUCA